UUUUUUGUAUUUUUCCAAUAUUAAAACAGUAGUACCAUGAUUUAUGUUGAAUAAUUGCAGCAUAUAUUAAAUACCAAACAAAAACUUGGAGUCAGGGCUGCAUCUACUGCCGAGCCAUCUAUUAUAUCAGUUUUGGAUUCUUCUUAAAUGAAUGUGGUUUAUUGAACCGGUGUAAAGGUUUGUAACUCAAACUUGUAUAGUGAGCUAAUGAUUAAGAAUUAAAAUACGAUUUUGUGAAGUAAAACGUUUAUUGGUACAAACACAAGUUCAUAAGCCAGGUUAAGGUGUUGAUUAUGUACUGAUCUUGAAGUGGUUUUGGGUAUGUUUUUGAAAAAAACCACCUUUUACCCAAUCAAACUCUUAAAUAAAUAGAUUUCCUUUGACCAAAAAAAAAGAAGAAAAGAUAAAUAUUUUUCCUUCAAUCAAAGGAAACUAGUUUUAUUUUUUUUCCUAAUUUUUAAAGAAAAUCCAAAAACUACAUCUGUUAAGUUUUUCAUCAAAUUAUGUCGGUUUUUCAAUUUUUUUAAUAUUGCUAUUAAUUUUAGAUUUUAGAAAAGUAUCAUUUUAUAUACAAUAACAAAGUUCCUGUUUUUAUAAAUUUAAUAAAUUCAGAAAAUUUCAAAAGAAAAUUUUAUUUAAACCUUACUAUUUUAAUUAACUUUUAUAUAAAGUACUUACAGAAAAUUAAUAAUAAUAGAAAUAUUUGUGCCCAAAUCCAUUAACUGUCUGGUCUUAAUUCUUUAUUUUUAAUAAUUAAUUACUUAAAUAACAUAUUGUAGUAUUUUUAAAUAUCAAUUUCGAAAUAUUCAAUAAAAUUGAAAUUUUUAAGAGCAUGCAGUUUUAUAUAAUUAUCUUUGUAUGUAUGUUUUUGGUGAUAAUAUAAUGUAUUUUAAUUGCUUUAAAUUUUUUUAUUAUUAUUCUUAUUAUUUUAUUCUUUAUUAAUUUAAUCUAAAUUUUUUAAACUAAAAUUUUCUAAAAUCUAAAUCAUCGUCCAAGUUUUUCUAAAAGCUAAAAUCUACAGAAAAAUCAGAAACUAAAAAUUGAAAAAACUAAAAUCUUAAAACUAAAUCAAAAACCAAACCCUAAAAAGCAAUAAAAUCAGUUUAAAAUCAAUUUAAAUUUUGAGGAGUAAGAAAAAAGGAAAGAUACAACUAAAAAGAAAAUAGUGAACAACUUGUAACAGAUUCAGCUUAUCAUAAAUAAGAUAUAUAAGAAUGCAAAUAUGAAAAUCAAUUUAGAUUUUGAGGAAUAACCAAAAAAAAAGGAAUAAGAAACUGAAAAGGAAAUUAAACAUGAUAAUUUAGUUUAAAAAACUAAACACGAUAAACAACAAAAACAAAAGGAAAGAGUGAAAACCCAAAGCGAAUAGUGAACAACGUACUCAAGUAGCUUCAUAUAUAUAAGAACGCUAGAGACUCCUCUAGCUAUCAUUGAUUCGAUUACUUGUUUCUCAGACCAAAAACAAAACACAAUAGAGUCAAGAACCCUAGUUACAGAGAAUGACUAAGAUGGUGAUGAUUAGAGAAGACAACAACAACAUCAGCAAAGCUCCGAAUGUUGUUGGCCAAUCUUCUUCAGUACUAGAGUUUGUCUGUGUACUUGGCCGAGGUAGUUUUGGUUCGGUCACUCUCAUAAGAGACUCCAAACACCGGUUACACGCUGAGAAAUCAUCUCCGAUAGCUUACAUGGAGAGUCUCAAGAAAGAGCAUAGGAUCAUGCUUCGUUUCCGUAACCAUCCACGCAUCGUCCAAACCACAAACCCUAAUCUUCACAUAGGUAUCAACCUCGACCAUUGUUACAUGUACAUGGAGUUUGCCUCCAAAGGUACUCUCCACAACUUCAUCACCCACUUCUCUGGCCAACCAAUGCCUGAGGUUAUGAUCGGACGCGCUGCUCUCAUGAUCCUUCAAGGACUCGAGGCUCUUCACUCUCACGGCUACGUUCACUGCGACCUCAAGCCGGCUAACGUUCUCCUCUUUCCUUCCAAGAUUGUCGGAGAGCCGUGGGAUCUCAAGCUUGCUGACUUCGGUCUAUCUAAGGAGCCUUCUUGUACGAAUCCAAGGUCCUCCUUGUCUGGCGGUACAAAGGAGUACAUGCCCCCUGAGUCUUUGGGACCCAACCGAGUGAAGAUGAUUGGACCGGCUGUUGACAUGUGGGCUCUAGGGUGUGUUGUGCUUCAGAUGUAUGGAGGCCGUCCAGUGAAGUUGGGAGAAUGUUUUUACAAGUGGAGGCUUCCGAGACUUGUAUCUCCGCUGGCCAAUGACUUCUUGAGGCGGUGCAUGGCGUUGCAGCCCUCACGCAGAGCCACCGCAGCGGAUCUGUUGAAACAUCCUUUUGUUUGCACCAAGGCUACAUCAUAUGCUUCAGUACUGUCCUCCUCCUCCUGUCAUAAGACACAAUUAAUAUUGUGGUAGAAGACAAGGAGGAGACCGAUGAUGAUGGAUCCAAGACCUAGCUAGAGAUUUGAUCUGCUGAGUUCUCAACCGUUAGGUCUCGAUUGUUAAAGAAAGUUGUCUUUAAUUUUAUUCAGUUGAGUUUGAGUCUUGAUUUGAUUGUUGUUGCACAGUUAAGAACAGUAUAAUUCAUGUUUUGGUACUUGAGUUAAUAUUCUUAUAAUGUAUCUUUGUCUUUGCCUGAUGAUUGCUAUUGAAAUGUUUAAAAGAAUCUAAUAUAUACUAGUAUUAUUACACAGUUUAAAUUAGUCAAACAGAAAAACAUUCACACAUUCAUUUGGAGGCAUUAAUCCAGUGGAAAGGUUUACCUGGUUAUGAGCAAUCAUGGCUCUAUGUGUGUUUUUUUCAAUAAAUCCUAUCGGCUGAUCCAUGUGAGAGACCAGAUUUUACCUGAAGGGGGAGGGGGGAUGGGGGUAUUGAUAGACCCUUGAGAGUAUACAUCAGGAAGAGAGGCAGAGGAGUUGAGAAAAAAAGGCUUAAUAUGAGAUGACGUGGCAGAGGAAUUGGAGGGAAGUGAAGAUAAUUGAUGGUGAGUGGAGAGAAGUAUAAAUAAUGAGAGUCUGUUGUAGAUAAUUUCUCAUGAAAGUUUGUUAGAGAAGAUUGAAGUCGUGAGAGGGUUUGUCUCUGCGAUUCAGUUUACUCAAGGAGAAAGGUCCUUGGGAUUGUAAUUCACUUUUGAUAUUCAAUAAUACAUUGCUUAUUGCUUAUAACAAGUUAACAACCAUACAAAAAUUCGUUUCUUUUUUAACUUUUCUGGACUAACCCCAUUCAGUGAAUGUCCAUCACUUCCACCAUACAGAAGAAGAAAAAUGAUAUCUAAAGAAUAUUAUAUGAAACAUAUUUUUUUAGUAUUUUCCGAUAUUAAAACUGUAGGACCAUGAUUUAUGUUGAAUAAUUGCAGCAUAUAUUAAUACCAAACAAAACUUAUAAAAGAAAACAAUAAACGAUGCCAUAUUACACGAACCCGUUGUAUGUAUAGAAGCCGAUAGUGAAGCCCAACUUAUGAUCCAUUUAAGAAGCUUUUGUAACUACGUAACUAGGGUUUUAUAAACCACUAUAUAUGUCGUUAAAAUACUUGCUAGUAGGUCUGAUCAUAAAAUCCAUAAUUCGAAAUCCGAACUGAACCCGAACCGAAAAAUCCGAUCCGUACCUGGUCUGAAAUGUAAAAAAUACCCGAAUGGAUCUUGUAAGGUGGUACAAAACAUAUCCGAACCCGAAGUGUUAUUAAUCGAACCCGAACGGGUAACCCGAAAACAAGAAAAAUAAAAAAAUCCGAAAAGAUAUCCGAAGAAACCGGUCCGAAUGUCCAAACUACUCCCUCCGUUUCAAUAUAGAUGAUGUUUUAGAAGGAUUAUUUUGUUUCAAUUUACAUGAAGUUUUGAGAUUUUAAGGUUAACUUUAACUUUAUUGGAAACUGU